AUGGACGCGACCGCAUCCGCAGAUACAUUCGAGCUAUUCGACCUUCGUGUAGAGGCGAUAUGUCCGCCCGGGGAGAAGAUCCUGUGCGGGGCGAAGCCUGGCGACCACUUCACUCUGGAGGGCGAGAUGCUGAGGCUGCCGCCAGGGCAGGGGUUCUCGAUUUUUUCACUGGGCGCAGUGUUACCUUUGCUUGCGGCCAAGCAGCGGCUGUCGUCGUCGAACGACUGGAUGGAAACCGACGAGGAAGUUGCGUGCCCGGAUCCCAACUGCAGGUCGAGGUUGAGAAUUGUGAGGACGGGGAGACGAGUAUUUAAACACGGGGAGACGACAGUAGUUCCCCUCGAGGAGGCGAAGUGA